CACCCAUCCACUGUGUUGCGCUUACCACCGCGUAUCACUAUGUACAUGUGCUUGCCAACAACAACGGAACCGAGUUAAGGUGGCUCGUGCUCUUGCGGCAGCAUCAGAAAAACCCGUCAGUUCCCAGUCAAGUAUUGGGGACCAUCGUCAUGCCCCAGCCAUUGGUGCAGAACAUGACAAGGUCGGUGUUUGAAGCAACGGUAGUGAAGAGUGCAUCAUUGUCUCGCUUUUUCUCCGGCUUCUCCUCCUCUAGUAUUUUUCUGGCACCAAAAUACCUAGGGAGGAAUGUUAGGGUAAAAGACUGCGGAUACGCAUCAGGUUCCAAGGCAUGCUUUUACACUAAUGACGAAUAG